UUAGGACUCUGUCUCCCGCUGCCGCAACGGAUCUGGCUCCGUAGCUAGCAGGCUACGUUACUCAAGAGAAAUUGCAGUCGCAGCUGCCGCCUGACCUGGGAGGGUAGGGAGGGGCCCAAGCCGCUGCAAAAAGGCUGCUAAAGUUCCCAGGCGCCCUGGGACUCUGAUUUGCGGAGAGAGGACUCUCUUCCAGGUUGCCUCACGUCCCAGCAGGUGCAGCUGUUGGCUGUGGCCUAGUCAGGUGCGCGCCCCCAGCUCCUAGGUGGCCUCCUGGGAAUUCAGCCUUCCUGCAUGCUCCCGAGGGGCUGUACCAGGGCGGCCCCAAAGGAAGAGGAAUCAUCCAGCCUGCCUGUGCUACUAGGCGAACGGAAAACAUUUAAAGAAAGUGCUAACGAAGGAUUAUCCCUGAUUUUUGUACUUUGUAAUAUUCCUCAAUUUUUUUUUCACAUCUUCUUUUACUGUUAAAACUACAUUUAAGUUAGAAAAAUGAAGCAGUUGAAAAGGAAAAGGAAGAGCAAUUUUAGUGUACAAGAAACUCAGACCCUUUUGAAAGAAAUUACAAAAAGGAAAGAAGUUAUUUUUUCCAAGCAGCUCAAUACAACAAUUAAUGUGAUGAAGCGAAUGGCUUGGGAGGAGAUUGCACAGUGUGUGAAUGCUGUAGGAGAAGGAGAACAGAGAACAGGGACAGAAGUGAAAAGAAGGUACCUUGACUGGCGAGCGCUUAUGAAGAGAAAGAGGAUGAAGGCGAACAUUAAGCUGGUUGGUUCAGGGUUUCCCCUUCCCACGUCUGAUUUAGAUGACUCUCUCACUGAAGAGAUAGAUGAAAAGAUUGGAUUCCGAAAUGAUACAAAUUUUGAUUGGCAAAAUGUGGCAGAUUUCAGGGAUGCAGGUGGUUCUUUAACUGAAGUCAAAGUGGAAGAGGAAGAAAGAGAUCCCCAGAGUCCUGAAUUUGAAAUUGAAGAGGAAGAAGAAAUGUUGUCAUCAGUCAUACCAGAUUCCAGGAGGGAAAAUGAACUUCCUGAUUUCCCCCACAUUGAUGAGUUUUUUACUCUGAACUCAACCCCAUCUAGGUCUGCAUUCGAUGAACCCCAUUUACUUGUAAACAUAGAAAAACAGAAACUAGAGUUGGAAAAACGACGGCUUGAUAUUGAGGCUGAAAGACUACAGGUAGAAAAGGAACGCCUACAGAUUGAGAAAGAGAGGCUACGACAUUUAGAUAUGGAGCAUGAGCGGCUUCAGCUGGAGAAGGAGCGGCUGCAGAUUGAAAGAGAGAAGUUGAGGUUACAGAUAGUCAACUCAGAGAAACCAUCUUUGGAAAAUGAACUUGGUCAAGGAGAAAAGUCCAUACAUCAGCCACCAGAUAUAGAAACAGAGAAGUUAAAACUUGAGAGAGAACGCUUGCAACUAGAAAAAGAUAGGCUGCAAUUUUUGAAAUUUGAAUCAGAGAAGCUGCAGAUUGAAAAGGAACGCUUACAAGUAGAGAAAGAGAGACUACGCAUUCAGAAGGAGGGACACUUGCAGUGAUUUAUUUAGGUCUCCAUUUAUCAAAUGUUUGUAAACCAUAGGUUUAGGUAAUAUAAAAAUGGUUGUAGGAUUAGCCAUAUUGUUGGGUUUUUUUUUUUUCCCCUGUUUAAUGUCAGUGUUUUCAAUAGGAAAAAGAGAGUUAUUUGUGGGUAUUUGUAUGCUUAAGUGGUAUAUGAUAUAGAAACUUUGUGCUCUAACAUAAACAGUAUAGCACAAAUCAUUGUUAGUAAAAUUACAUAAUGUCUUGUAUAAUCUGUGCACUCCAAGUUUGCAGUUAUGUCUGUGUAAAAUUCUAUCUCAGUAGUUCUCAACUGGGGAUGAUUUUGGCCCCCCAAAGACAUUUGGCAGUGUCUGGUGAUAUUUCUGGUUGUCUGAACUGGGAAGUGGUACAUGUUACUACUGGCAUGCAGUGGAUAGAGGCCAGGGACGCCUAUGUCCUGUAGUGCACUGGACAGCCCCCCAAAAUAUGAAUGAUCCAGCCAAAAACAUCAGUAUUGCUGCAGUUGAGAAAUCUUGUCCUAGCCUGACUGAGCACCUCGUUAGUGUUAUUUCAGAGUGUUAAAACCUCAGAUAUUUAUGUAGGAGUUGCUUAAAUGUCCCAAAACUUUAACUAAGAAACAUUACUCUUGUAGUAUAUUGAACAUAGGAAGUAAUAUUAUAGAUAUUUAAUUCCCAUGUUUCCAUCUAUAAAUAACCUGAGAUUCAGAAAACAGUAUGGGGAACAUCCAAAUAUAGAUUAUCCAAAGUGGGUCACUUUGAAAAGCAGUUCAUUCGUCUAGCUAUUGAUGCUUUAGAAGCAACACAUACUUUUUAAGCUUUAGUUCCACUUUCUUCUUUGAAUCCAUUGUCUUAGUUUAGAUAUAAAAAUUGUCACUUCAAUCAUGUACUGAAACCUUAAUGUAAAUGACUGGUUUAAACUAGUAAAAAUGGUACCAAUUUAAAAAUGGUACCAGUAGUCAAUGACCCUGAACUCAAUGAGUGGUAAUUUGAUUUUUAAAAUAGAUAAUAGCUAUUUGGAACUGGGUGUGGGGGUGGAGGGAGGAUGUCCUCUGUAACCAAUAGUGAUGAUGAUGAUGAUGGAAUAAUGAUAGUAGCUCUGUGCUGUGAGUUAGGGAAGCACUUACUGCACACUAUCUGACCUGAUCUGUAGAACAGGUCUUGAGAGUGGUAUCUCUUCUUCCUGAGUCCAAGGCUUAGAGAAUUCACACAGUGAGUAAAUGGCUGAUUUCAUACAUCGUGGUGUAUUUUGUCUUUGCCCUUCCCUGAGCAACGGAGUUUGUAUCUUUAGUCCCUUUGGUAUUUAUUCUGAGACCAAGGGUUUACUUAAUCUGAUGAUUUGCCUUCAGUCCCCUGAAGGUGCUUUUUCCACAACCCAAGUGAUUCUAAUGCACAUUGAAGUUGAGAAUCAUUGCACGAGAUCACUUUGUAUUUUCCCAUUUCCAGGGCUGACAUGAAGCCUUAGUACAUCUCUUCUGUUGACAAUACUACCUUGAUUCUGCAUUUGUUCCUUGUUACCUUAAGAAUGUCUUGAUUUUUAAGUAUGGGUAUAUAAGGAAAAAAUAUACUCCUGCUUAGUUACCUUGACUUUGAAAUAGUGCUAUUUUUCUAUAACUGAAAUUAAUGUUUCUGACCUUAGAAAUAAAAUUUGCCUAUGCUAA